AUGGAUGGUGUGAUCUACGAGACCUACGAGAUCUACGAGACCUACGAGAUCUACGUGACCUACGAGACCUACGUGAUCUACGAGACCUACGAGAUCUACGAGAUCUACAAGAUCUACGAGACCUACGUGAUCUACGAGAUCUACGUGAUUUACGAGAUCUACGAGAUCUACGAGACUUACAAGAUCUACGAGAACUACGAGACCUACAAGAUCUACGAGCUAUACGACACCUACGAGAUCUACGAGACCACUGAGGCUGUGACACUGAGGCUGUGA